UGUAGAACAAAGAGAACUUUACUGUUGCAAGCCAGUAUCAGUUCGGACCCUGCAGGUGUCCGACAGCUAGAAAACUCUGCCCAGAGAACCCAGGUGUUUCCUAUUUGGAGAACAGGAAUCAGAUCGAAGCCUCCCUUCGUUAACUCCUUUUUGGGUUUUUUAUUUGGAUUCUAAUUAUUUUCAUACAUGUGUAUGUGAUGGCCUCCAACUCAACUGCUUUGGUCCUUUUGCUUUCUGUCAGAACGUUGAAUUCUGGACUGUAUUUUCAGCGUACUGCACUUCUUCUCAGCCUCAUAACAGGAUAUACAAAAAUAAGAGUUAGCUGUGUUAAUGUGUUCAUUCAAGUCAGAUACUUCAGUACAUUGAUGAUUCUGUCUCUCGCUGUGGUUUUCCUGUCCUGUAAAAUGACGCAUUAGUGUGUUUAAGUCUGAGUGGUCAGACACACACACACACACUUCAAAAUGACAGGAGGACAGCGAUUGUUUGUCAUCUUCAUUUAUUCCCUUCAUGUGAUUGCAGUUGACGCUUAUUACUUUCCUCCACCUCAGCUCAUAGUGGACACUUCAGUCAUGACUGAGACGGACACGGUCACUCUGUUCUGUUACUCUCCACCAGCUGCGUCUGAGUGUUAUUUCUAUACUGUGAACACGGUCAAAACAAAAACCUCCUCGUGUAGGGAGACACUGACACUGACAGGGUCUGAGUUGCUGUGGAUGGUAAAUCAGAGUCCACCCACUGUUGUAAGAGUGAAAUGUUUUUACACUGUAAAGAAAGGAGACUUAAAUUUUCCAUCUGAACACAGUGACGUAUCCUCCAUCACCAUCAACGCUCGUCGUGAGGAAACAACAGAAUUACAUACGACGCAAACACUGACCACAGGUCUGACUGUUAGACCUCAUGUUUCAACACCUGCGACUCCUAAAGCAGGUCUGACUGUUAGCAGACCUCAUGUUUCAACUGCCGUGACGCCUACAGAAGAAGCAAUGACGCGGAAUCUGGUGGUGAUGAUUUCAACUGUUUCUGUUGUGACUGUGAUUCUCUUCUUACUGUUACUUGAUUGCACUAUAAAAGGAAGAAGUGGUUCUAUAAAUGUGAACAAACAAGAGCCUCAAAAGGAAGACGAACGUGACACAUUGUGUAAUACAUGUGUCACUUUCACCAUCAUACGUUCUCUCCCAGGACUCAUGACAAUGACAAUGACUUACAGUAUGGAGAGAAACAUUGACUCCAACGUUAGUUAUUCACCGGUUGGCUGCUCAGCUGACAACUGAGAGCUCAAACAACUGAGAGAUGAAACCCGGCGUCCGGAGGGUACAACAAAAACCAGGAGACCAGAGCCUCGGUGUCGGACACGGUAAACAACAACUGGUGUGUUUAAAGUCCAUUUGGAGCCAAAAUC